UUUCACAAGUCUUUCUGUUUUCAGUGUCCUUCCUUAAACGGUGGUUGAUAGGCUACUUUACUGACCAGCGUCCCUCCGUCCUCUCUAGUGCCUUGAGCGAGUCCACAGCAUGCUGCCCGGGAGAGCGGCUGGUGUCCGGCACUGCGUCCUGACGAGCCGCUGUCUGUCUGCAGCUCUGGCGCUCCUCCUCCUCCUCUCCUUCAGCUUCAGCAGCGCUCACAGCACCACGGUGGAGCACGACUUCCACAUUGUUCACAAUGUCGACAACAGAAGUCCAGAGAUAGACCCAUUCUGGUACGUGGGGCGUGGGGUGAGACCCAUCGGGCGCUUCGGGAAGAGGGACAGCAGCUUGGAGACUCUGGGCAGCGGACGGAUGCAGCCUGUCCUCAGGACGUUAGGGCUGCUGCUCAGCAGCCUCAGAAACAAGGAGAACAUGGGGGAAAUGCUGGAUGGGGAAGACAGGGAUUGGUUACCGUGACAGCGAGUCCUCCUCCCUUCAUCUGCAAACUUAGGGUCUUGUUUUUCUUUUCUUUUUUUAAUCUUGAUUGAAGUUACAUACU